AGUAUAGUGAGGUGUGUAGCCUCUGUCAGCUAGCCUGGCACUUUAUAUGUGCUAAUAGUGGGGAAGUUUAAUAGGUUGCUGUCUUGGCAUAGGCUCCCACCACUACAGCGUUUAAGGACAGAUGGAAUGGUUUAGGACCCUGCAUUUCAGCUGGUGUCUAUGUGCGUGCUUUUUUUAUUGAAUUGAUCUGCAUAAUGAUUUUAAAGAAUUUUUUGCCACAAAAUCUUACUGAUGGGAAAUUUUGUAUGCAGUCAAAGAAUACACCUGAGUUAAAUAUAGGGUUAACUGUCUAGGGGUGUUGUUGGGGAGCACGUUUGGAGAGAAUUCAGACUUUGGAUAUACUGAAUACUUGACCAGUGGGCAAGCAAAGGAGAUUACAGCCCAUUAUACUUGUCCACAAGUGGAUUUAUGAAGUUCGGGAGCAGAUGAAAAAGUGUUACAACUUCAAAUACUCGAGGAGAUUUGGGAUAUCUAAAUUCUUACAAGCCUAUCUGUUGUAGGUGAGGACAAGCACACGACAGGAUCAAAAUGGCAUUAGUUUAAAGAUCCCGGGUUUAAUACACUUUACCUUUCUAGAGCGUGCUGACCUCCGCAGAAUUAUGAAUAUAAGUUAAAUAUUGCUGAGGUCAUUUUUCACCUGCAGUGGAAUUUAAGACAUGGUGUUUUGGAUAAAUUGGAGUGGAGAAUAAUCGCCUCUAUUACUGUGUGGUAUCACCUAGUUUGACUACAAGUUGGAUCUAUAUUCAAGUUUGAUUAAAAAGAAACUUUCUUAUCGCCAAUAUUUAACAUAGCAGGAAUUUUUACCUGUCAUUCAAGGAUUGUGUUUUUCCCCCCAGUGUUUACCUUAUAGAAAACAGGUACUGGAUGUGAUCGACGAAAGUGGAACAGGUUAGCUGUAGGAGGUCACACAGAACUGACCGGAUGGUUUAGGACCAGGAUGUGGUAUUGGACACUGCCCUCGGAUUAUAUGUGUGUGUAAGACAUGUGCCCGUUCUUGGUGAACACCGCUGUCCAGUAUGUGUGAGGUGGGGCAGUUUGGCCCGACCCUGUCCAGUCUAUUGGUACUGGUCAUCUUAUGUACCUCCUGGUCUGAUUCCAGCCAUCACCAUGUCCAGUCCUUCCCUAGGGAAUUCGACUUUAGAUACACCUCCUAUGAAGAAUUGUCCAGCAUGCAGCAGGUUUUCUACAUUUUCCACAAUGAUGACCUGGAAGGUUACGUACAGUUGACCGUAGAUAUGCCGAGGGACCAGCUCCUAGUGGGCGCCAGGGGCGUGUUGUUCCGGAUGAGUUUGGAUAACCUGACGGUCAUACAGUCAGUCGAGUGGAGAUCCACGGAGGGAACACGUAUGCUGUGCAACAAUAAGGGGGUGGAUCCGAGUGAGUGUUAUAACUUUGUUCGGGUCCUGCUGGUUCACGAGGACCAAGUGAUCACAUGUGGGACCAACUCAUACAAACCCAUCUGUACCUGGCGACAGCCUGAAGAUCUCAGCAACAUUACACAAGAGGAAGGUGGUAUCGGAUUCUGUCCACUUAACCCCAACGAAAACUCCACAUCUCUCAUGACCACGGAUGGCAACUUUUACAGUUCAACGCCUGUCGACAUCACAGGCCGGGAAUCCCUUAUUUAUAGAAUCUACGGGGACAGAUCACAGCUUAGAACGUUGGCAAAUUCUAAAUGGCUCAACGAGCCAGAUUUUAUAAGUUCCUAUGAAAUAGGAGAUUUUGUUUACUUUUUCUUCCGGGAAGUGGCAGUAGAGUAUAUAAAUUGUGGUAAAAGAGUCUAUUCUAGAGUAGCCAGAAUCUGUAAGACUGACCGGGGAGGAAAUGUGGUGUUGGAGGAUAAAUUCACCACCUACCAUAAGGCCAGGAUGAACUGCUCUCUGGCCGGGGACUACCCGUUCUAUUUUGAUGAGGUUCAGGCCACACAUUUAUUAACAACAGACAACGGAGAUAAAUUCCUUUAUGCUAUUUUUACUACCCCAAUGAACAGUAUAGCGGGGUCAGCUAUUUGUAUGUUUAAUAUGACAGCAUUCCACACGGCUCUGACAGGGCCUUACAAAUACCAACAAAACGAUCGGUCGGUGUGGGAACCGUACGAAAAUCUCAACCCACUCAUAGAGUGCCCUCCUGAUGACACAACUAACAAGAGGACAGCAGACGAUAGUCUACUGAACAAAGCUGAACAACAGAUAAUGAAUGCCCAGGAGUUCCAGAUGAUGGACCUCGCAGUACAGCCCACCACUAUACAGCCUGCUCUAGUAGGGCAGAAUGAAAGGUGGACACAUGUGGUGGUGGAUUACGUGGAGGGGAAGCACCACUCGUACAAAGUCAUAUUCCUCGCCACGGCCACCGGCAACGUCCGUAAAAUCACCACCAUCCCCGACAUCAGGGAUACCUGUCUUCUGGAGGAAAUCAAAGUGGUGCCAAAUGGCCACCACAAACCAAUCAAGACCCUUGUUAUAGACAAACAAGUGGGAGCCAUCUUUGUUGUAACCCAUGGUAGCCUAAUCAGAAUCCCCCUCCACAGAUGUGAGCGGUUUACGACCCGAGAUCUGUGCCUGAAUGCCAUGGACCCGUACUGUGGGUGGAACCAGGCUAUUGACCAGUGUACCACCGCCCCUGACGGGAUGCCGUCCCUCCACUACUGGGAACAGGCCAUGACCUCCUGUCCUGUUGUUGAACACCCAGUUGAUGGUUGGUGGUCUGUUUGGAGGCAAUGGUCCUCUUGCCAACAAACGGUGAAUGAUCCAGCAGCUGGCAGCUGUUUCUGUCGCACAAGGUCAUGUGACAACCCAAAGCCUCUAUAUGGCGGUGCGGAGUGUCCAGGGCAGAAUGUCGAGGUGGUCAACUGUACCAUGCAUGGUCAGUGGACAGACUGGACCGAGUGGUCAGUUUGCUCCAUCACCUGCGGUUUUAACGGUACAAGGACACGCCAGCGUUACUGUAGCAACCCGCCACCGAAGUAUGGCGGUAACCCCUGUGUGGGUCCCACCAUGGACGAGGGAUACUGCCCCGGUAAUCCUAGCUGUCCAGAACCCCCUGUAGACGGGGGUUGGGCGCCUUGGACAGAGUGGGCCGAGUGUUCAGCCAGGUGUAACGGUGGGAUCCAGUCACGGCGGCGAGCGUGCAGUAGUCCCGACCCUGAGCGGGGCGGGGCCCCUUGUGAGGGUAACACAGAUGAGUGGAGGAUGUGUAACACCUAUGUGUGUGAUGAGCUUCAGCGCAUGACACCGUGGAGCCCAUGGUUCCGAAUUAAUUCCACACAAACAGGGGCAUUUGAGGAACGAUUCCAAUUUAUGUGUAUGGCAAAUGUGCCCGAUGUUAAGCAGAUAAAGGCAUCUCAUGCUAAAACUCACAUGCGAUAUUGUGACUACAAUAGUGGGGACUGUUAUCGGCCAGAUGAUAUCCGCAAUUUAACACAACACGGAGGGUGGUCGCCGUGGAGUGCUUUCACCAAGUGUACUACCUACUGUGGGGGCGGUACCCAGCAACGUCACAGGACAUGUGACAGCCCUCAGCCAUUCGGAUCCGGUCAGGACUGCAUCGGGGAGGCAGUGGAAACCAGGACUUGCCACACACAUUCCUGCGAGGGUCAAUGGAGUUGUUGGUCUGAAUACUCGGCGUGCUCUGUGAGUUGUGGGCGUGGCACGAGAGUGAAGGUGAGGAAGUGUCGGAGUCCAGUACCCGGUUCCACCUACACGCUACAGUGUCCAGGGACACACGAGAAUGUCGUUAUGUGCUAUAUGUACCCGUGUAAUGACACUUAUGGCUGGGAUGAAUGGUCGCAAUGGACUCCAUGUAGCUAUGAUGGAAUCCGGUUCCGACAUCGGUCAUGUCAUGUGAUCUAUCCAAAACCUGACCAGUGUCAAGGUCAACGUAUGGAAUCCAUGUCGUGUCUCGACAGUGAUCGUGAAGUAAAAGUCCAGUCGGUGAUCGACCGUUCCGGUAAGGAAGGGCCGACGUAUAAAUUCUUCCAUCUGAUAGUCGUCGGAUCAACUGCCUUUGUCUUUGGGAUAAUGUGUACUGUCGGUAUCUACUUGUGCUGGAAGAGCUGCCACAGUUUCAGAAAACUGGAUCUGGAAAAGGAACGGAAGAAAAAUGAAUCCAAAAAUAACAAAAGCCGAAAAUCCUCUUUUGCAUCUCAACUAAGUUUAGACUUCUUAACUGUAAAUAACAAGAUCUACGAUUGCAGUACUUUGCCACUACCCAAAGAAAGGUACAUGAAAAGAGACAAUUCCUUCAAGAAAACAAGCAGUCAAUCUAUGUUAAGGACAGACUUCUCCAAUUUUGAUUUGUAACCUGUAAUUGUUCUAUACUCCACCCAUUCCCAUGGGCAGCUAAACCCCGGAUCAUUUAUCUGAUAUUCUUUCCUCUUUGAAUAAUGAAACGAAUGAGUUACCUGUUUGUCCCUUACUUAACGAAUUAGUACAGUUAUCUGCUACGGCUGAUUUCUAAUAACACAUUAAAACCUGUAUGUAAGGUAGAUAUUAGAUAUUACAUCUUAGAUAUGCUAAAACGGCCUUAAUGUUCAAGUGUUUUUUACAGACGGGUUGUUAUAAUAUAAUAAUAACACCAUUUGCUGUUUUUCUUCAAAUGUCAUUGAUAUAUGGUCGUCAUAAAAAGAUGAGUCUUACAGACGUGUUGUCUUUAUAGGCAAGCGAUCUUUACAGACAUGUGUUCUUAACAGAUUCAACUGUAUUAUGAGAAUGGCAAAAAAAUAGUUAUAUAAUAUUUUUUAAGUAUUUGAUCUUACCUUAAGUAUGAUAACAAUAUACAGGCAUUGGUUCCACACACGUCAGUUAAAUUCACCAAUGCCACUGCCCAGUCGAAAUAAAAAUCAAAGUUUAGCUUUGUUUUGUAAAUGGCAUAUUGACAAAAUUGAAAUGUGUAAUACAUUUUAAACUUCACGAAACCUGUAUACACUGUAUUUAGAAUUGCAAUCAAUUAAGUGAACGCUCUUGGAGAAUGUUUUAGAGUGUGUUACUUAUUUCGUCGAGAUACGGGUUCAUGUAAUGAUUGAAUGCGCCGAUUUAGAAAAUAAUGUUACGAGGUGUUUUUUUUUAUUGAUUAUAUUUUUCAUUUAACACACCAUUUUACAUUUACUGGGUUUUAUUUCACGCUUUUAGACACUUACUUGUACAUGUAUAUACCGAUAGUGCGCGUGCUGUUAAAGGGGACCACUUUCUUCGGGAAUUGAUUAUUCCCCUCUGCGUACACUGUUUAGGAUAAUACAUAUAGUAUUUGGCAGUUGUUUACAUCCCAUAUAAUAUGAAUUGUUGUGUGCAUGUUACAUUUGUAAUACAAAGAAAAUCAUGAAAAUAUUUUUUCAUGUUCAAGCAUGUAGUUUUCAUGCAACGUUUUGAAGAAUGGGUUCACGUUUCGUCUGAAAUAUCAGUCCAAUAUAAUAUUUAUGUCGAUUCAACAUUAGGCUGUUUCUAUCUUACAUCUGAUUAUCAGAAUUAAUCUCUGUUUAUCUCUUAAUUGUGAAGGAUAUGUAAACAAAUGUAGUCACUGAAACAUCCUUUGAUUAGGAUAAUUAAAAUAAUAAUAUUUAAUGAGUCUCAUUACAACGUUAACGAUUUCCAUUAAAAGUUGUAAAUGAGUUUUUAUCAAAAUAGUAAUUAAUUCACGUGUAGUUGUGAAACAUUUGUCUAUUAUCUUCUUUCAAAUAUGAUUUAUUGUACUCGGGAUGAUGUCAUCAUUAUUAUUCUCCUAACAACCGUUAUAUUUAACCUCGACAGUUGAUCAGUGAUCGUCAUUCAUCAACAACAUUGCUCAAUUAAUUACCACCGACAUGUGUGCCAAAGGAGCGUUAUUAUUGUAACUGUAAUCAUGUUAACUGUCGAUAUGUCGUUUUCAAGUCAUUUUCAUUCCAUUUAGUGUCACUAUAGACUUUCAUUUUGUAGAAAGCUUUACGAUGGGAGCGGUUGUGCAAAUGUUGCAUAUGCAUGGUAAACAGUGAUGUGAUUUUAUUAUUUCUGCAAUAUUUGGGAUGACAAAUACUUUAUGAAUUUGUACAUUAAGCGUAAUAUUAUAAUCAUAUUUAUACAAUAUUUAUAAAGUCAGGCGUCAUUGGAAUGUUAUGACGCGUUCCCCUCACUUUAAAUAACGCGAGGUAUAUAAUUUCGCGGAAAGUUUGCAAUUGCGAAUUCGUUCACGUCGCGGAAGUUUCGCAGCACAGUUAAUCCAUCGAUGCAUUGAUGCGUUGUCACUCAUUUUACGAUUUCAAAUUAUGGGAAUAAGUAAUUUAUAGCCAUAAAAAGUGUUCUUGAAUAUUUAAUUCAUCCAUUAUUCUACAUUUGUGCUCGAACAUGUUCACUAUCGUAACUAAAUAAAACUGUAGGUAAACGUAGAGUGUUCCGAUACAUACCUUUGCGUGGCGUAUCAAUUGAUAUUACUCGUAUUGCGGACACACAGGAAUUAGAACACACUGCUUUACCAACGUUUUGGAAUACUGGUGUUUAAAAUUCCUAAUAUAAACUCUAUACCUAUAUAUACUUCAAUAAACGUUAUUCACAUUUUUUAUUUUUAUUUUUUUUUUUUACAAUGAUGUAUUUAAACAUUGAAAUACGUGUACAUAUUGUUAAUACCAGGAUAUUUAUACUUCUAUACCCUGUAUAUAAGGAUAUACUACUGAACACACAGGUGUUCUAAAUGUUAUUUAUGGUUGGUACGAGAUUGUUAUGUUACAAUAUGACCUUCUGUAUAUAUAUACACUCUAAGUAACUUUAUAUUUCGCGAGAGGUCUGUGCUCGCCAUAAUUCGCGAAUGUAGUCGAUCGCGAAAUUCUAAAGUAAACUCACGUUUGAGCAAUGUGGGUAAACUGUUGUCAUUGUUCAUUUUGCAAAAAGGUCAUUUGAAGUAUAAUUGGGAACAUAUCCAGUUCGCAAGAAUUGAGGCGUGUGAUUUAUCAACUGAAAAAAAGAUGUUCAACAGAUUCCUAUUAGCUAUCCACCAUUGUUUCCAGCUAAAACUGGCCCGAUAGUGAAACUGGAUUACUGAUCCUUCUUGUAUGCAAUAGGGCAGACCUGUCCUCCAAAGCAAUGGUUUCAUAGAGAUAUCUGCGGGCUGGAGGAGGCUGAAUUAAAAUAUUCGACUUAAGUUCAUUAUAUAUUUUACAUUUUCAGUUUUUCAUUAACCGAUAAAUCGACAGAAAUUAAAAUAAGACGAUAAUAUGGCAUUUGUGUUUUAUAACAUAGCUAGUAUACUAUACCUUGAAUAUCACGAAUUUAACAUAAAGAUGAUUAAUAAUCUAACAAUGAAUCACGUGGUGUCUCAUGAAUAGGUAUUUUAAGUACACUGUACACUGCACAAUUAUGAGUAGUCUUAAUAGAAUAUGUAACAAGUGCAAUUAUUAUCAUUUGUAUAAAAUACACGUGUGUACAAAAUAUAAUUUGUUGUUAUCACUUACAAAUCAUAAUACUGCAAAUAUCGUGAUGACAUACAUCCUCAAAUUCAACAAGACCAUUAGCAUUGAGCGAAAAGAUGGUCACAUGAUCAUUUCAAAGCAAUAUAUGAAAAAUGUAACAGUAACAAACCUACAAAAAUCUAUAAACACUGUUCAACAGUGUAAUUUGUCCAUAUAAACUAGAAAAUAGUGCUUCGGGGUCUAAAAGAGGUAUAAAUGGCCUGUAUAGGUACAAGCUAAUAUUGUACACAAUUGGUAAACCUCUCUCUCAAACUUGUAAGAUGAGCUGGAGACUGAUGGUGCGCAUGGUAUUGAUCAAAGUGAUUCUUACACCACUGCAAAUAAAGAAUAUGUAGG